UGGUUGGUUAUCAAUGAUGAAGACGACGAAAAUCAAGACAAUGAUGUUGAUGUAUCCAGAAUCCAUAUCGAUGUUAAAAAGAAUGCUACCGAAUUUCUUUGCACUAAGAAAAAAAUUGUAAAUCUUAUUUCAAUUUUUGGCCCAGCAAGAGCGGGAAAAUCAACGUUAAUGAACAUCUUAGCGGGUGUGGAUAAUUAUGAAAAUGAAAUUUUCGAGUCCUCUCCUGCUAUGAAGACAAUUACAACGGGUGUCGACAUUUCUAAGACAUUCAUACCUCUUAAAGAAUUUUCAAAGAUAAAUGAUAACCUGGAGAUUGACGGCGAUGCCUUAGUUGGAUUUGUCGAUACAGAAGGACAAGGCAAUAAAGGUGAUGAGUUUGAUCUCUGCCUUUUCUCUCCUAUCCUUGUCACUUCAAAAAUUGUAAUUUUCUGGUGGCAUGGAGCGUUUCUAACGGAUAGGAUACUUAGUAGUCUGGCUGCAAUGACAAAAUCAGCACAACGAAUCACACAAGAUAUUGAAAAUCAAAACCAAAAUGCAAAACUAUACGGCCAUCUCCAUAUUAUUUUCCGCUCCUGGGAUAAUAAUAAUAAUAGUACACCAGAAGACGUUAAAAAGUUAUUGCUAGAGCCUCAGAAGGGUCGUAAAAAUAAAGACAAAGAACACAAUACUAUUCGUAAACUAUUGAAUGACUCCUUUGAAAGUAUUGAUGUAUGGCUCUUUCCAUUAAGUGACUUGAGUCAAAGCAGAGGAAAAUUGCUCUUUAAAGAUUUCAAUGAAAACUGGAAGCAAAUAUUUAAAAAGAUGCGCAAAAAAUUUUCCGAACAAUUGAGUGUUAAUGAAUCAAAGGACGAUAUCGGAAAACCACGUACUGGCCAGGACAUUGCUGAGUUUACUGAAUUAUUAUGCAAUGAACUAAAUAAUAACUCAGAAACCUAUACGAUCACCUCAAUCUUUGAGAGAACGCAAAUCGCUCGCGCUAAAACUUUGACCAAAAAUGCAAAAGAUGAUUAUCGCACACUUGUUUAUAGUUAUGACAUUAAGGCUAUGAAUGCUCGAUAUGAAGUAGAGGGACAUGAUGAUAAAGGCAUUGAUGCAUAUUUAUACAAAGAACUAGAAAAGUUUAGAAAAGAAUUGGAAUUGGAGAGUUUUUCAGAUGAAAUAGUGGAGGAAACUUAUGGCACUUAUAGUGAAUCAGCCUGCUUAAUAGUGAAUGAUAUCAAAAUGAAAAUUGCAGAUAUAGAACGUUUUGAAAAGCUGAUUAAACCACUGCAGUGUAAUUUUGAUAAUAUAGUUAAAAAUUUACCGGAAAGCCUUGUACAGCAACAUAGAAAUAAUUUUGGUGAAUUUUGCAAAGUAACAGAACAAAAUCUUAUGAUGAAAAACAAUGAGAAAAUUAUUGAAACUCUUUCGUUUGCACAAAAUAAGGCAAAAGAAAACUUAGAAAUGUCUGUCACAAAAUUAGAAAAUCGACUGCCAAUGAAGAAAGAGAAGCUUGAGUCUGAAUGGCUUGUUUUAUUGAAGCAAAGCAAGGAAAUGUAUUCUAAUCUGGAUGUUUUCAAUACUCUUCCUGAUGAUGUGCCGUUAAUAUUUCCAGAAAACUUGCAUACACUGUCAAACUCGAUUUGGGAAGCGUUAAUAGAAAAUAAUAGCAAUGCAUGGGAAAAUAAAGCUGAUGCACUUCUCAAACGUGCUGAAAUGCUGUUUAAAAGGGAUCUUGCUACUAAUUUUCCGGUCAAUAAUAAGAAAGUAUUCAACGACACAGAAAUUGAACAAUACCUUCAAGAAGAGGUAUUUGGAUUUUCGCACAAAGUAGCAAAUAUUUUCCCACAUACAAUGAUGCAUGGAAUCUGUACUAAAUAUAAAGAAACAGCACGCUUAAUAGUAAUGGAAUUUCAGAAAGAAAAUGACAAAAAUAUUGGAAAAAUUCUACAAAAAAUUGAACGAUACAUUUUAAAUUGGGAUAUCCUUUUAGACACAAAGAUAAAAGUUAAUUUAGAAAAAUGGCAACAUAAAGUUACUAAGCUCCUAUUAAUUAGUACCACUAUACCAAAACUGGUUACUUUGCCAUCGUUUCAUUUGUUAUGUAUUUGUAAUGAUCUUACAAAUUUAAAUAUAGAAACAAUUCCAUCAUCGUUCAGAAAGGUUAUUAAGUCGAUUAAGAGACAUUGUAUGAUGAACACUUUAUCCGAACAGUUUGUUAAUGAAAUCUUGGAAGGUCUCAAAUCAAAUGAUUUGAAAUAUGUGCGAAUGUCGUUUAUAAAUCGUUGCCUUGGUAUUUCGACUCUCAUACCUACAAUUCAGCAACUUUUUUAUGAACAAUCUUUUGAAUAUAAUCCUUUUAUUUCUGCAAGUCCCAUCAUACAAAGUAUUUUCCUCGCAGAAUAUGAAAAAUAUCAAAAAGAAAAAGACCAAAAUAGACUUACCGAAUCUAAAGAUUAUCAACGAUCUAUUAAAAAAAAUGUCCUGGACUCGCCAAUAGCGGCAUUGUCUUGUGAUAUUAUCCAAAAAACAUUUUUCGUGCAUUAUGACUUAACUAAACUGCAUCAUAAUUUUUUCAACGCUGUUAAUUCACUGACUAACAUUAAUAUAGAGCCAUUACAAAGUAUAUCAGCUAUUGCUUUCUUGAAAGAAUAUGUGCGUACUUUAUGCGAUGCAAACAAGACCAUCCUAAAAGAAUAUGUACGCAAAUUCCGUAAUGCCAACAGGACCACUUCAAAGGCUACAAUGCGCAUUGAUACUGACAUGAAAAGAAUUAUAAGUAGUAUCAACGACCUCAUGAACUGGAAACAGCCGAGAAUUCAUUCACUCAAAAUAUAUUUUCUAAAAUAUCUUCGGUCUUGCAAUUUUUCAAUGCAAGAUAUUAGAGAUUUAUGUGAAUCACAAGAUCAAUUUUUUCCUUGGCUAAAAGAAAUACCCUGGAACGAUAAGGAGAAUCAACAUACUUUCAACCCAUAUUGGUUGCAUCGGGACUACAAACACGCGGAAGAUUACUAUUAUCAUAUUUGCGACGAAUUAAACCGCAAUGAAGCCAACCCUACGAGCUUUGCAUCAUAUUUGGAAAUGGCACAGUCAGGGAUGCAUAAUAUAUUUCAUAGGGUGUAUAAUUGGGGUGUUAGCUUGUUUUAUAAUGGAACCUUGAACAAAAAUGAUCUCAACGAAAAUAGUCUCAUUACAUUUGCUGGAGUAAUUGCGGCCCGUCUGCAUUAUAUAAGGACUUCACGUGAAUUGACUGACAAUGAAAAAAGAGUGGUUAAUUAUUUAUCUAAAGAAAUAAAAGCCAUGAAUACUUCAUUGGUAUAUAAAGAAACUCUUAAAAAUAUUUUAUUUAACUCUAAUUCUUUGAUUCAACUGUUCAAAGACAAUAAAGUCGAUGAAAACCCAAAUCAACAUCGCUCUGAAGAUAAUGAAUUGCUGAUGAAAUCAGUCAUUGUGCAUUUAAUGAUAUUACAUGCUUCCAUCCAAAACAAUGCAAGUCCACUUGCUGCUUACCUCCAUCAAUUACAUGUUUGUCAAAAUGACUUCAUUUUGACGUGUCCGUCUGACAUAGAAGGUGUUGUUAUGAAUGCUGUCGCCUCUAUUAGAAAUGCAGAUGGUGCAGAAGAAGGUGUCACCAGGUAUAAAUGCAUAUGCGGAGAAAAGUUUUUUGUUUUUGACUGUGGAGCAUUUGGAAACCCUACAGAAAGAGACCCUGUCAGUGUUUCGGGUAAGUGCGCAAAUUGCAAAAAAGGUAUUGGUUAUGGUUCAACUGAAAGCGAAUAUGAACGCUUGGAUGAAAAUAAGAUUACAUCGGUAUCAAUUAAGCAUGAACCUGGAUAUAUAGUUGAACAAAUUUCAACAAAAACAACACAGAACGUCCGCAUGAUGACACCACAAUCUUAUCGCAUUUUACAUUUGUUUGUACAUGCUCUUCUUGGUGCAUCUGUACCAUCGUCUGUCACAUCAGAAUUUUUUGCAAAGAAUGGUAAUAAUGCUGGAGAUGCGAUGGAGCAUUGUAUUCAAACCAUUCGCAAUGAUUGGAAUGUGCUUAAGGAGAUUUUUGAUUGUGACAACGAACAAUUAGCCUUGAUUUUGCAUUCUAUAAUUUUCUCAAUGAUCGAAAAAUCGUCAUCAGAUGAAUGGCGACUGGAUACUUCAGAAAAACGAGAAAACUGGGAACAUAAAUUUAGCAUGGAUCUUAAUUUUAGUGUCACUAAUGUAAUGGUUAUGGCAAAAGACAUCCGGAAUAAAUUGUCAGAAAACAGAAUAAGUUUAACUGAAGAGGAGAUCGAUGAUAUGUUAUCAGCGAAAGACGAAAAAUACCAUAAUGAGAAUCUACCUAGACUCUGGAGAAAGAUCAAAGAUGUGAACUUUAAAAGCUUACAUGCUUAUUACAUGAUUAAUACAGCUUACAAAGCCAAAUUUCCAUUCUUGGAGGUUUUUUUCCGGCACGAAAAGAAAUUGCAUCUCAUAAAAAACCUUUUACCAAUUUUGAAGUUUGUCCAAGUACUUAAAACGCGUUUAGAAUAUCAAAUUACCAGACAAAAAGCUCGUGUAAUGACGUUUGAUAAUUUUAUAAACAAAGAAUCUAACAAUGGCAAGCUACAAGAAAUAUCUUCAGAAUUACAUUCUUCAUUUAGCAAUUUUAAGGAAGCGUGGAAUGAGGUGGCCCCGCAUGUAAAGGGAUACCAAUGUUUACAAUUCGAGGAAUUUCCUCAAAUAUCACUCAACUCAUCAGUUAUAUUCGGUUUAGCAGAAGAAAAAGAUGACGGGAUAUAUCUUUGGGCAAUUCUUUCUUAUUUGAUUGAAUUACAAAAUCUGUUUUUGGAAGAAACAAUUGCCAUUCCUUUUGGUUUGUGCCUUUCUCUUAAAUUUCUAGAAACUAACGUAGAGAACACACCAGCAUUUACAACUCAAAAUAAUAAUAAUGAUAGAAUACAAUACUAUCUUCAAACAGUACAGAUUCAGCAUGCACAACUCGCAAACUUUAUUGAUUACGAAAGGAAUGAUGAAAUAUUGAGAUACAGCCAACGGAAUCUGGAGAUUCGCUAUGGAGAGGACAUUAUAUAUGAUUUAUAUCAAAUUGAAAUGGAACUUGCGCGUCAGUUGGUUUUCAAUAAAUCUUUUAUUACUUUAAGCGAAUCGUUUCCUUAUUUUGAAGAGAUGUUCUUGCGAAAUUUUUACGUUCUGACAUGUCUUAAUGAUUUUGUUACUCAAGAGCCACUUCCGAUUGCGAACAUAGAUGCUGAUGAUUAUGUGUUUGACGAAUCAUUUUCAUCUGAAAAUGCAUCUAAAAUGCAUCCUGCAUUGCCUGAUGACCAUGUGUUUGACAAAUCAUUUUCAUCCGAAAAUGAAUCUAGAAUGCUUCCUGCUUUAGAAAUGCUGAUAUGUAGUAUCCACCAUGAAAUUAAUAAUGAGACACCUGUCAAGGACUAUAUUUCUCGGCAACUGGAUUUGUCUGUCCUGAUAGAAAAUGCAGAGUUUUGUGGGAUGAUCGGCACUAAUUUACGUCUCAAACACUUGAUCAGUUUGUAUGAGAAGGUGGAGAACAUGAAGACAUGCACUUUUGACGACAUACAAGCAAAGUAUAAGGAGCCAUUAUCGUUGGGGGUGAGGACAUGGAUAAUUGAAGCUGCUGCCUUUGAAAACUCUUGGCAUAAAAUUUCCGCCUUUGAAUUAUUGAUUGCAUUGAAACGAUUUAUGGUUCGCUAUCUGAUGGCGGAAUCUUCAGAUAUAUCCUCAACAGAUAAGCUAACAGAUUAUAUAACUAAUAAGGAUCUUCGCUGUUGGCCUUCGGAUAGUUCUCUGAAGAUUGCAAAAAAUUUGUUUCCAUCUGAAUUACAAGUUUGCCAUACGUAUGCUCUUUAUAAAUUGAUAAGCUUUAGACAAACAGGCAGUCAAUCUAGUGUCUAA